AUGAGGUCCGCACGAUUCAAUUUGCUGAUCGAUCUCAAUGGCACUUGCCACAUCGGAGACACGCCGACACUGGGAGCGGUCCAGGCAAUCCAGAGGUUGCGCGCCGUGCAGCAACAGCAGCCGGACCGCGUCAAGAUCCGCUUCUGCAGCAACACGAGCAAGGAGUCGUCGUCGUCCCUCUUGUCGCGCCUGCGUCGCGUCGGUCUGGGCGUCGAGCUUGUCGGCAGCUCCGAUGUCUUCACCAGCCUCGAUGCGGCGUAUCGGCUGGUGGCGCGUCAGAAGCUCCGACCGCUGUUGCUCCUCAGUCAAUCGGCUCAGACUGCUUUCCGAGGCGAUGACGCGCUUGCCCGAGACUGCUUCUUCGCCCACGCCGACCUCGAUCCGGAGAGGCUCGACGCGCAGAACGCAGCAAAGCUUCGCUCGUGCGACGCCGUGGUCUUGGGCCUUUGCCCCGAGCUCAUGACGAGCAAGUGGCUGGAUGAAGCGUUCAGGCUUCUAGCAGGCGAGUACGAUGCGAAGCAAAGGGUGGCUCUCAUCACGACGCAUCGCGGUACGUUCAAGUCCAUGUCGGGCGCUUGCAAUGAUCCAGUGAUUCCCAGUCUGACAAGCAGCUCUCCGGAUGACCUCUGCUUCCGCCACCAGGCUGCGUCAGGUCGCCGAGCUAGCGAGACGAUCGUGUGUGGCAAACCGCAGCCAGCGUUUCUGCAAGAGUGCGUUGCGGGCAUGAUCGGUGUCGACGAGUCUAUGAGCGACUUUACAAACAUUAUUGUGGGCGACGAUAUCGUAGCCGACCUCGGCCAAGGAACCUGGCAGCUCGGACUGCGCCGGGUGCUGGUGCGCACGGGCAAGUACAGAAACGGCGACGAGAGUCGUGGAGACAGAUUCGCCGACGAGACGUACGACUCGCUUGCGUCAUGGAUAGAUCAUUUCAUCGCCAACGAUCUCAACCCAAAGUAG